AUGGGCCUUAUCCUAAAGUCUAAUAAUUCCUUAGCUCAAAAAGUUGAUCUCAAAUGGACCAAAAGGCCCAAAGCAACAAAGUCCAAAGAAGUGACCCAAAGAUGCGAAGCCCAAAAACACAACAAGUCCAAAGCCCAGUUGAGCGUUGUACGUGGGGUAUACACUCAACUAUGCUGGUCGUCGGCCUCCUCUCCGUCUCCAGCUCCGACUGCUAGGCCACAGCACCUCCGGCACCACCUCCAAUUGCUACGCCACAGCACCUCCGGCUCCACCUCCGACAACUUGUGCAACGACUUCUACAGAUCCUGCCAAACAGCCCCUUAGUUGCAGCAGAAACCCCCAAUACUCCUUUCCUCAUCAGCAGUUCAG